AGGUCUGGGCUUCAACAUCGUCGGUGGGACAGAUCAGCAGUAUGUCUCCAAUGACAGUGGCAUCUUCGUCAGCCGCAUCAAAGAGAAUGGGGCUGCAGCCCUGGAUGGGCGGCUCCAGGAGGGUGAUAAGAUCCUCUCGUCAAAUACUGGUCUUGACCCACUGGAUUGACUUCACUAUCUUCUAUAAUGGGUCAGCAGACCUAUAUUUGAAAAAUCACUACUCCAGUAAAUGGAAAAUCACUGAUGAAAUCUUUGGAUGCAUAGACUGUGGAUUAAGUAGGGUAAAUGGCCAGGACCUAAAGAACCUGCUGCACCAGGAUGCUGUAGACCUCUUUCGUAAUGCAGGCUACACUGUGUCCCUGAGAGUGCAGCACAGGUCACAGGUGCAGAAUGGGCCUGUGGGACAUCAAGGUGAUGGGGAACCAAGUGGUAUUCCCAUAACUGUGGUGCUGGUGCCAGUGUUUGCCCUCAUCAUGGUAGCAGCCUGGGCCUUCAUGAGAUACCGCCAUCAACCUUGAAAAGCUCGCUUUCUUCCAGUGCUCCCAAAGAAGAACACACAUCCCUUUCUCUGACCUUCCUCCCCUGCCGUUCUCCCAUAACUUUCCCUUCCCCACAUGGCCAACUCAUGAUUUAAAGAGACUGUUACCCAACCAGAACCUUGCUGUUUGAAAUCUUUGGUGGGAGAGUAAAGGCAUUGUUUGAAGGAAAACUGAAGAAAGGACUUGCUUGGAACAAAUGAAGAGUUAUUUAUGUUAGUAGGACCGCCAGAAGUUCAGCUAUAACCCAAAGAGGAAAAGGCCCAGUCUUCUCAUCACCAUGGGUGAUUCUUUCUUUUCUUAGCUGGCAUGUGUCAAAGGCCAGCCAUAAGAGAAAGUAAGGAUUUUUCUUUUCAAUAAUCUUCCUUGGGAAGUUUCUGUGGCCUUUAUUUAAUUUCUAAGUACCUACUUGGGUGCCUACUUUGUAUCAAAUGAAGGCAAAUGAGAAGAGCAUUUCUAUUUUUUUUUCAAAAGCAAAUAUAUAUAAAUACAUAUGCAUAUAUGAUCAUAUAAUAGUAAUGCCUUAUGGAGAAUUAAAGAGGUGGAAAGCAGCUCUGGUCCCUGGGCUUCCAACGUGGGUUAAAAGAUAAUCUUAAUUGAAGAAUUCAAUACGUAAAGGGAGUGAGAGAACAAGCCUUAAAAGAGACUGCCCAAUCUGGAUCAUUUAAAGAAAGCAAACAGAAGCAACUAAUUAAAACUCUUGGAAUGAUAUUUCUUCUCCUAAUGAUAAUUUUGGUGAAGUUGAGGUAAAAUGCCAUAAUCCAGCUUUGCACAAGUCAAUCUGUUUAAAAAACUUGGGAGAUGUAAAGAUAAAUGUUACUAGUCUCUAGGCUACCCUAGUGGCUGUUUUGGUACCUCACAGUCUGUUAAAGGAUCAGCUGGAAUGAUUGUGGUGAGAGCUAUGGCCAAACCAACCCAGUGAAAGAACUCUAAGAAGAAACAGAAUAGUGUCUCCAAGAUGGCACCUCAGGCUAUCUAUCAGUCUUUCCUUUUUCUGUUAACAGGUAAAAUCUAAGAGAAGGGACUGCUGCUCCCCAGCGGGAUGGGUAUGAAAUCAGCGCUGCUUCCAUUCAAUUAAGUUACAAGCGUUUGGAUUGCUAAUUUUUUUGGAAAGGCACUAAACACUGGUUGUGGCUUUUAAUGAAGAAACCAUUUUACAGGGAAAGGGACGGAGCUUUGUUUGUUUUAGGGGUAGGGAAGUUUGGUGGCUGUUUGAUGGGAAAAGGUUAUGGAUGAAUGGAUGUUAGAGAAUAUCAAGAAUGUUAAUGAGGUGGGAACCCUCCUGCUCAUGGGGUUCUGAAGGUUGGUUUUAAAGCACUAAGGAAAGCUGAACCAAGGCUAGUUUUCUGGCUUUAAGAAAAUCAUUUCCAGGAGUUCCCGUUGUGGCCUAGCGGUUAACAAAUCCGACUAGGAACCAUGAGGUUGCGGGUUCGAUCCCUGGCCCCGCUCAGUGCGUUGACGAUCUGGCGUUGCCAUGAGCUGUGGUGUAGGUUGCAGACAUGGCUCGGAUCCCGCAUUGCUGUGGCUCUGGUGUAGGCCGGUGGCUACAGCUCCGAUUAGACCCCUAGCCUGGGAAUCUUCGUAUGCCACAGGAGCAGCCCUAGAAAAGGCAAAAAGACAAAAAGACAAAAAAAAAAAAAAAAAAAAAAAAAGAAAAAAGAAAAAGAAAGAAAAUCAUUUCCAUCCUCUAAAUACACUGAUCAGACUAUAGGCUUUGUAUAAUCUUGGUAUCGAGAGUUUGAAGACUUUCCCUCAGGCAGUCAGUUGUGUGCAAUUUUUAGCAUGGUAAGAAUUUUACACAUGUUGAUUGGACCUCAGCUUUGUUAAGACUUAAUACAAAGAAGCAAAAUACAUAGCCUCCAUCUCAAAGAGGGUUGUGUUUGUUUGUUUUGUUUUGUUUUAUGGUUCCAGUUGGGAAGAGAACCCUUAUACAUCUAAAAUAAGAUAAUAUAGGAUUACCUGCACAGGCAGGGCAAUGUAAGUUGGUGUGAAAUUUAUAUUGCACAUGGCAGAAUGGAGCAGUUACUAAGAAUGGAGGCACUUGAGAAAGUUCCACAGAGGAAGGGAACGAGUUAAGGACCCUUGAGGAGCUCACCAUCUAAUUAACAGCAUCCACGUAUAGAUGAGAAGUUAAGAUAAUAUCAUCAGGUUAAGUAAUAGUUGAGAACAAUAAUGAAAAGAAACGGUACUAUUCAGAAUAUGAUGCAGUGACAAAAACAAAAGACGUGCAGGCACAUUUUUAAGAAUUCAGAAAAGGAAAGCUGUCAUAUGGUGGCAUCAGGCCAUAGUGGAAAGGGAAGUCUUUAAAAAAUAAAAACCCCAGUAAGGGCUUGCCUCUGGGUCCCCUAUUGGUAUAAGAAGAAAUUUGCUUUAAACACUCAUAUUAGGAUUUCUGCCUUCAGACCCUCUAUUGGUUCAAUACCUCUGAGACUCACUUAGAUAACUGCCUUCAUAGAGUCCACAAAGAAACCCUGACAGUGUUCCAGUUCUCACCUCAACCAGCCCACUGUGGAGGCCCAACCUCUAGUGCCCUCCCUGUAUCUGAAGGAAUGUCCAUCAGCGUCUAUAAUGGGCCUGCUUCUCUUCCCCUCAGGGUUUCAGCAUUAACUCCUGAGAGGGCCUUGACACACACAAAAUGAAGCACAUGGCAGGCAGGAAGGAAAGCUCUUUGGUUUUUUGUUUGUUGUUAGAUGUAAAUAAAAACACCCAUGCCAGCUCAUCGUUGGUAGAUGGGUUUUUUUGCUUUGGUUGAUAAUUGGGAUUCCGAUGAACUUUAGUAAAUUUAGGUUUUUUCCUCUGGAAUUAAAGCAUUUGAAGGUCAGUAUAUUCAUGGUUUAGACAUUUUGCUACUGCAAUUAUAUUCUUAUUUCUGAUUCUCUGGAGAGCUAAAUUACUGUCAUAGAUGGAGUAUUGGUGUCCAUUGUAGGUCGUCAAAAGAAUUCAUGCUCUUUAUACUUUGAAUCUAAUAUUUCUGGCACUUUAUCAAUUGUAUCUAAAAUUCCUCCCACCUAAAUUACUAUGUUCAAAGUUUUAAAACAUGAAUGAAAAUAUUUGUAUGACCAUAUACUUGAAAGACUUCUCAGUAUUUAUCAUCCAGUAUCAUUUCUAGUAAGACUAAUUGUUUGCUUCAGUUAUCUCUGUUUUCUUUUCCUGCCAAGUGUUAAGCAGUGCUGUUGAUGUAACUUAAUCACACCAUCUAGCCAUGUGUAAUGGAAAAAGGAAAUUAAUACAUGUGACUGCAUUCUUAGCCAUGGACUGAACUAAACCUUGGUUGGUAACACUGUGUUCAUGCCUGAGGUCUAAGUAUUGUUAAAAAGACACUAAGGAAAAGAGAAUAAAUUGCAUUCUUAGCCAUGGACUGAACUAAACCUUGGUUGGUAACACUGUGUUCAUGUCUGAGGUCUAAGUAUUGUUAAGAAGACACUAAGGAAAAGAGAAUAAAUUGCUUUCCUAAGAUUACAUAGGUGGUAAUAAUAGAAUCAGGAUUUAAACUCAGGAGUUCAGGUGCCACCACCUAUAAUAGUUUCUCAUUGGCUGUGGUUCUCAAAGUGAGGUCACUGGACAAAGUGAGGUUACCUGGGAACUUGUUAGCAAAGCAAACUCUUGGGCUUCAGCCUCGACUUACUGAAUCAGAAAUUGUGUAAGGCACCCAGCAAUCUGUUUUAAUAAUCCCUCCAGGUGACAGAUACUAACGUUUGAGAAUCACUGCUCGAUGCCAAUAGUCACCUUUCUCUCAGGUUAGAAUCACUGGAGGAACUUAUAAAAAUCCUGAUGCCCAGGCUGCACCGAGACCAAUUAAUAGAAUCUCUGGGUGUGGGACUCGGCAGCGGUACCACAGAGUUCACCGGGUGAUUCCAGUGUGCAAUGUCAGACAAAAAUGCUCUCUGCCAUUUACACCGAGGCAUGCUUCAAAUGAUUAAACCACCUAUAGGCAUCACUCCAGCCAAAAAUGAGAAUUUCACUUGGGCCUUUUCAGAGCCUCACCUCUCAUUAGCUUCUACCUCACGUAGAGAUGUGGAAUAAGAAGUAGCAUUCUUUGGCUUCUGAUUUGCUAAGGACUGACCAACUUCCAGCAAAACGUAUUAGUGGAGCAUGUCAGUUUGUACAUCUAUUGAAUGAAAACCAACUUUAGAGCAUUGGAGCUAAAAGCUUCUGAGUUGGAUCUAUCUUAGAGAUGAGAAAAAUCAAGGUUCAGGAGACGUAAACUCACUUAACCCAGAUCAAAGACAUUGUCGCAGAGGUAGGUGCCCUUUCUGUUUCUCAUAUAUGUCUUGAAUGUAUCCACUACAUGAACAUAGACAAAACUAUCCUUUUUAUCUCAGUCCGCUUCCAGGAUCUUCUCUCUUUGGGCCUUAAAUAAAGACCAGAAGAACUGAUUGACAGCUGAAGGGUAUUGCAAGUAUCAUGCAAAACUGAGAGAUUACACAGAAUAAUCUGAGGAAGACCUAGUAUUCAGUCAGAUGAGUUCUCAUGAAGACAAAUUCCAGUAGUUCGAAUGGAGAGAAGUAUGUUUUUUUUUUUUUGACGUUGGACAUUGUUUUUGUUGUGUAAAUAAGCAAUUUAUAAAAAUGAAACAACCUCAGGUUCUCAUAAGGGGAAAUAGAGUUCAUGUAAUUUCAUGUGAAGCCAAUAAAGCUUUUAUUCAAAUCUG